AUGAAGGUGUUCUACGUGAUGUGCCUUGCAGUGGCAGCGACGGCCAUGCCGACAGUCAAAGAAGACGGGGUCAUGGAGAAGUUCAUAUCCACGUUGAGGGACUGUGUGGAGACCGACACGAUGCUGUGUUUAAAGGAGAAAGCGAUGAAGUUUACCGAAAACCUGGCCGUGGCGAAGGACUUUAGUGUUGUAGAUGGAAUUGCAUUCUCCAAAACCGGUUCACCAAGGUCAGCUCGGAGUUACGACCCACUACCCGAUGAGCCCAAGGCCAGAGAGCUCCAGAUUGAGGAGAGAAUCAUGGACAACGUAGUCGACUUCCUGGACAGUCAUGCAUUACAACUGAGGAUGCCCAAGGCAUUUACUGAAGACAACUCCAUUGAAGAGGAAGGCCGUGGUAAGAAAAAGAAGAAGCUGAAGAAACUCCUCCCCAUCCUCGCUUUGAUCAAACUGAAGUUAGCUGCACUCGUUCCUUUGUUCCUUGGUAUCAUCGCCUUCGCAGUCUUCAAGGCAUACAUCCUCGGAAAGAUCGCUUUCAUUGCAGCUGCCUUUGGAGCCCUCAAGAAGCUUCUAGAAUCUAAGUCGAAGAGCGGAGGAGGUGGUGGAGGGUGGUCUGAACCAUCCCACGAAGAACACGGCUGGGAGAGCGGCGGCGGUGGCGGCUGGGGAAGAUCGCAAGACAUAGCCCAGAACUUGGCAUAUGCUGGUCACAUCAAACAAGCGUAA